AUGCGGUACGAAGACUGGGACAUCGUUCUUGUACCAAGAGACUCCAAAACUCCUCUAAAAGAAUUCAACGUAUGCUGCCAUGUGGUUCCAGAUCCCGAAUUUUCUCACGCUCAAGGGCGUUUUGGUCUCCCUACUCUCUGCUGCUUCGUUCCGAGCUUAGAAUUUGGAACCCCAUUCAAAAUCUCCAUUCAUAGUUGGGACCGGCCACCUGUCAGCCAGUUCACUCGAUCCUACAGCAAGUAUAUUGACAAGCUCAUCUUCGAAGCAAGAUUAUUUAUUGAUGGCCGGCUCGUGGCACGUUUUCGUUUUGGCUUGGUCUCACAAAUUUCCAGGUCAACUUCCUUUGGGCGCCUAGCUAGCUGGCCACAUGCCAUUUCCAAUAUCUUCAGUGAGAUUGGGAUACACAACUCCACGCCUUACAAUCCUUAUUUCUCCAAAAAUGGCGAUCUUGAGGCUCUUACAUUCCCGAAAUUUCAGCGGGAAUUUUUGCAGCAAAAUCGCUGGAACCCUGGAGAUAACAUAGGCAGAAUCAAGCUUGUACUGAGCGAAGGUUUCCCUCGCGACUCUCCUUCUGUGCCGAUAGAGCGCGUCAAGAAUAUCGUUGCAUUCUCAUUCCUACAUGCUCCUCUCGACAUACUUGAAAACUCCGGAAUUGCGUGGCCAAACUCCUCUAUGUGGCGUCGAUCGCACUUCACUUCUUCAAUGCCCGUCCCGACAUAUGCAUCGGAAAACUUGGAACUGCAUACCCAUUCGCCUCGCCGUAACGCGUCUAGCAACUCCGAACAAUUAGCUUGCAACUUGGCAUUAAUUCAGGGUCUUAUGUCAGAAACUAAUUUCGAUAACCGAAAUCCAAGCUUGGAUAUGUUCUAUGGCGGUCAGGGAUACAUCAAUAAUGAAUAUUCUCUCGAGUGGCCCAGCAUGGCUGGGAGUGUCAUGGUGAACCCAAACUCACAGCCUCCCAAUGAUCAAGUCAGUCGGGCGCUGCGGAAAUCAAAAACAGACACAAGCAUGACCGAUUAUAUUCCUACCACUGGAUCAGACUGUCAAUUCUCAUGCAGAUCGGAUCAAACCCAUAACCCGCAGCCAGAAUUUGAGGAAGUAUCAGCUUCCAUGGACCAGAACAACAGUGCAACACCUGGAGGAAUUCUCGGAUACUGUGCAAAUGGUAACCUACAACAUUCUCUCACUUUAACAUAUUCUACUGUCUCACCGUUCAUCCCAGGUUCUAUGUCAUCAAUGGCUUCACAAGGCAAAGCGAUCCCUCCAGGAUUGGCCACCUCAUUCACCAACUCAUUGCUGAAUCACCCAAUACCUCCUUCUCAGGGGCAGCCAAAGACAGGCAGUGUGCCGUCCAAGACUGUUAAAUCGCGGAAAGAAGCUUGUCUCCAGAAACAAUUGCAGCCCUCUCCGACCUCGUCUGAUUCGACCCAUGGCAUACUCCAAACUGAUAUUCGCAAAGUCUCUCAGCAAAUACACAUGCCGGCAAAUGGUGAUAUUCCAUACCUGAUUAACUCGUCGAAGCUUUGUCAAGAGGAUCAAACUCCCCGCCCGCGAAAAAUAUCAGGGGCAGAUCAAUAUUGCCCAGGGGGCGAGCUCCGAGCAAUUAUCCCAAGCCUUGAAUCCAUUACUCUAAGAGAUAUAUCUGGAAACUCAGAGAAGGGUACUAAACGAGUUCGACCUUAUACUCCAGCAUCUAUCAAAGCUAUUGAUAAGGAGGAUGAAUCACGUCGUCCAAGUUCACAUGUCAAGUGGGCACCUUUCGUCGAGGAGGGUAUUGGGAGCUAA